AUGAGGAACCUCGGGCAAUGCCUCACCACGCUGGGGGUUAUCCUGCUGUUGACUGUUCUCAAUGCCUCGGCUGCUUAUUCCCAUCAUAUGGACUUCGUGACCGAGAACGGAACGCAGUGGGCAGUCAAGGUGUCGGCCAAGGACCAAUCCGAACAGUUCCUCAAGCUCAAGCAGCUCGCAGAGGAGCACGGGUGCCGCAUCAUUGGACCGGUCGGCAACCUUCGCGACUACUUCCUUCUUGAACACGACCCCAACCACCGAGCCAGGAGGAGCAUUGCAGAGGUGGACACCGCACUGGCGGUCCAUCCGCACGUAGAAUGGUCCGAGAUGCAGGAGCUGCGCACCCAUGCCAAGCGCAUGGAGCUUAUCACGGACCCCUUGUACCCUGCCCAGCACCACCUGCACAACCCACACGGCAGGGACCUCCACGUCAUUCCCGCCUGGGAAAGAGGCCUGUCGGGUCGCGGCAUCGCUAUCUCCCUCGUGGACGACGGCCUGGAGUGGCGCCACAAGGACUUUGGCGAAGGGUCGCGCUUCCUUGCGGAGGGAUCGAAGGACUGGAACGGACGAGACGACGAUCCUACUCCUGUGCGCUCGGACGACACCCACGGCACCGCCUGCGCCGGUCUCGCCUACGCCGGCAUGAACGACGGCACCUGUGGCGUGGGUUUGGCUUUUGCGGCCAAGGUGAGCGGUCAGCGACUGAUUUCGGGCGGCGUGACGGAUGCCAUGGAAGCAGCAGCGCUCUCGUACCGCAACGAUCUCAACCACAUCUACUCCUGUUCGUGGGGGCCGCCCGAUGAAGGACUAAACGUGGAGGGACCCAAACACCUGAUGCAGCAGACCUUUAUCGAGGGCACCACCAACGGCAGGAAUGGAAAGGGCACGAUCUUCAUGUGGGCCGGCGGCAACGGAGGCGGUGCCAGGGACAACGUCAACUAUGACGGCUACGCCAACAGCAUCUACUCGAUUGCCAUCGCCUCUGUCAAUGGUGACGGCCGCAAGGCAGACUACAGCGAAGAGGGAGCCCCGUUGGUGGUGAGCGCCACCUCGAGCCCGCCCUACGUCACCACCACCGGCGUCAAAGGAGGCUGCGACCGAAGGUUCAGCGGCACCUCAGCCUCGGCUCCCAUGAUCUCCGGCGUUGUCGCCCUCAUGCUGGAGGCCAACCCCAACCUCACCUGGCGGGACGUGCAAAACAUCCUGCUGCGAACGGCUGCGAAGAAUGAUGAGGGAGACAUCGACUGGGUGGUCAACGGGGCCGGUCUCCACGUCAAUCACAAGUAUGGGUUUGGGUUGUGCGAUGCGGCUGAGGCCACGGCCAUGGCGGCCACUGCCCCACUGCUUCCCCCGGCCACCACCCCAGUCGUGGUGACGUGGACCGGCUCCGUGUCCAUUCCAGACCGCAGCACCGCGGCGGCGACCAUUCCGCUGCAGACCAAUGCCAACAUCAAGGUGGAGCACGUCCAAGUCCGCUUUGUCGCCAGCCACCCUCGGAGGGGAGACUUGAGCAUUACGCUGAAGUCCCCUUACGGGACGAGCAGCGUGCUGGCGCUACAGCACAGGGACGUAGGCCGAGACUACGACUGGACGUUCAUGUCGAUGCGCCACUGGGGCGAGAGCUCCGCGGGCGUGUGGACCCUGGUGGUCACCGACAUGAAGGUCGGCGCAGUCGGGCAAGUCACCGGGGUCACGUUGACCCUGCGCGGAACACAGCCAUGA